AUACUGUAUGAACAUUUAGAAAUAAGGGACAGACACUAACCCAGCAGUACGUGGUAAGUAAGCAAAUUAUUUUCCUUACUGGUUUUUUCUUUCAACCUGAUUUAUCAUACAUGCUCAACUGUAAAGAAGAUAUGGUUUAGUGACUUUUUGAUCGGGCUUCUUUGGGUAUACCUUUUUCAAUCUGGAAAAAUAUGAAAAUUGUAAUGGAUGACUUUAUUAGACAGGUUACUGAUACAAAAAACAUUUUCUUAGUGAAAACUAUUUUGAAUUUACGCAAUAACUUAUUGGAGUGAACGGAAAAGAUUGCCCUUUUCAAACCUGUGUUAUUCAUAACAAUAGAGAAUAGGGAAGGUUAAGGUCGAUGAAAACUCUGAUUUCCCCCACAAAAAAUGACUCGUUUAAUAUCCGUAAUAGUAUUUCAAAAUUGUUGUAGCCCACAUUGGCGAAGUGCGAAUGUAUUCUUAUGAUAUAGGUCACAAAAAUAUGUGCAAAUAUUUUUUGUGCUAACCUUAUAAGUGCCUUUUCUCAGUUAAUUUCACCGUUAAUUUACCUGACGCGUAAUGACGUCACAUACAUGGAAGUGAUUGCACAUUGUGACAUGGUGACUACGAGCAAACCUUCUUACUAUACUCGCUUGGUAAGUGUAUCGAUUGAACUACUGUCAAACCGCAAACGUCAUACCUCAAUUUCAUUUCUUCCUCCGUAAACACGGAUGACACAUCCUAAAGAGGUAUUGUCAUCGAAAAUAAAGUGGAAAUUGUUAAUAUUCGUGCAGUGAAACAAUAUUUACCAUCGAAAAACCCAACAAAAUUACCAGUAUCCGUAAACAAUCGUGAGAUUAACAAAAACAAACUUCAUAUACAAUAACCUGAUAGGAAACUCAGGGGUUCAAGAGACUUCACUUCCACCCACAAUUGAUAAGAAACCCCCGCAAAAUAUGGCCGGGUUCAAAGUGAAGGUGCUGUACGAUUUCCAAGGAGAAGCAGGAACAGCAGAGAUGACAAUUUCCACUGGGGAAAUUCUCACAGUGAGCAGGACCGAUGUCGGAGAGGGAUGGUGGGAAGGCAUCAACUCGAUUUCAGGUACUUUCAACAACCUUCCAGUCAGUAAAAAGUAUCGAAUAUCGAGAGAGGGUGACGACAUCUUAGGAAGAUGGGAGGUUAUCACCAACCCUUAUACCGUGCAGAUAGCUUCCCCCAAGAAAGCUACCAAGAUGGGAGGGCUGAAAUCAUUUAUCGCCUACCAGCUGACGCCUUCUUUCUCCAACGUUGAAGUCUCCAGGCGGUACAAACAUUUCGACUGGUUGCACGAUAGGUUGACAGCUAAAUUUAACGUCAUAGCAAUUCCUCCCUUGCCGGAUAAGCAGGUAUCCGGCCGCUACGAGGAGCACUUCAUCGAACACCGCCGCGCGCAACUGCAGGAGUUCAUCGACUACAUGUGCCGACAUCCGAUCCUCUCUACCUGCGACGUCUGGAUCCACUUCCUCACGUGCACCGACGAGAAGCAAUGGAAGCAGGGCAAGCGCAACGCCGAACGAGACCAGCUGGUAGGCGCCAACUUCUGCACGUGCGUCGACGCCCCCGAAAAGGAGAUCCUCUCCUCGUUGGUAGAUCAGAAGAUCGAAGAGAACCUGGCGUACGUCGUCAAGAUGGAUCAGUGCCUCAAGAACCUGAUGCAGACGGCGCAGGACCAGCACAAGAAGUGCAGCAACAUGUACAAGAGGGAGUUCUCCAGGAUAGGCGAGAGCUUUUUCGCUUUGGGCUCGGCGUUCGAGUUCAACCAGCAGGGGAUGUACUCGAAGGCGUCUGUCGACGUGAAGAGCAUCGGCUCCACCUACAUGAUGAUCGGCAAACUGUACGAGGAACAAGCGAAAAUCGACUGGCAACCACUUUUCGACAAGCUCUACAUCUACAAAGGUAUAACGAGCAGCCUGCCCGACCUCCUCAACAUGCAGAAGCUCUCCGAGCAGAAGAAGAAAGAGUGCGAGCGGAACUCGCAAGUCGCGCAAGUGGCGCUGGGAGACGUCAGGCGUCGCGCAGACGUACUGACGUACACUGUUUUCGCGGAACUGGACCACUUCCAGAACGAAAGAGAUACCGAUCUCCGGCUGACGAUGAAGACGUUCCUCAAGGAACAGUUAAAUUUCUACAAGAAUAUAGUGUGCAAGCUGGAGGACACGCUAGCUCAGUUCGAUUAAAGCAGCGAACCGAAGAAAGGGGUCGGUUGUGAGUUCAGCCCCACGUUGGGCGCCGGAAUAAUCAAGAUUGUCCUAGAGGUUAUUGAACGGGUUUCGGUGAUCAUGAACUAUAAUUUGAAUUUCAGUUAUUUGGAACGGUGCGGCAACAAAACUGCUGUGAACUGGUUCUGUAGUUUGAUACCGUUCGUAGCAAACACAUACUUCAUAUUACCAAAGAAGAUUCUGAAUUGGAAAUCAGAUUUUCCAUAUAUAUGUUGAGGUCUUGGUGUCUAUCAGGCCCAGAAGUCUUGAGAUCGAGUUUAGCAAAGGUGUUUUCUCUACACAAAUUGAAAUCGCCUGUGGACCAGACGAAUUUCCGAGCGGUCUCCCUUGAUAUCCCUUAUCAUCACAAUAUUUUAUCCUAAAUUGGAAAAAAUAUCCUUUCCUGCAUGACAUGUUUUCAAUGGAUUUUGA